UCACAACUGCACCAGAAAUGUCCACCACUAGUGCAGCAGAUACAUCUACAGCAACUGAGACAUCCACAAUCACAACAACUGCUCCUGAAUCUUCCACCACAAGCGCUUCAGAAACAUCUACCACAACUGAGAUUUCCACACUUGCAACGAUUGCUCCUGAAUCGUCCACAACUACCACAGCAGAAACAUCUACCACAACUGAGACUUCUACAGUCGCAACAACUACUCCUGACACCUCCACCACUAGUGCAGCAGAAACAUCUACCACAACUGAGACAUCCACAUUUGCAACGUCUUCUUCUGAAACGUCCAAAACUACCGCAGCAGAAACAUCUACCACAACUGAGACUUCCACAAUCACAAUGACUACUCCUGAAACAUCCACCACUAGUGCAGCAGAAACAUCUACCACAACUGAGACUUCCACAGUCGCAACGACUUCUCCUGAAACAUCCACCACUAGCGCAACAGAAGCAUCUACCACAACUGAGACUACCACAAUCAAAAGUGCUCCUGAAACAUCCACCACAAGUGCUGCAGAAACAUCUACCACAACUAAGACUUCCACACUUGCAACGACCUUUCCUGAAUCAUCCACCACUAGCGAAGCAGAAACAUCUACCAGCACUGAGACUUCCACACUUGCAACGACUGCUCCUGAAACAUCCACCACUAGUGCCGCCGAAACUUCUGCCACAACUGAGACUUCCACAGUCGCAACGACUACUCCUGAAACCUCCACCACUAGUGCAGCAGAAACAUUUACCACAACUGAGACUUCCACAUUCACAACGACUCCAGCUGAAACGUCAACCACUAGCACAGCAGAAACAUCUACCACAACUAAGACUUCCACACUUGCAAUGACUUCUCCUGAAUCAUCCACCACUAGCGCAGCAGAAACAUCUACCACAACUGAGACUCCCACACUUGCAACAGCUGAAGCUGAAACAUCCACCACUAGUGCCGCCGAAACUUCUGCCACAACUGAGACGUCAACAGUCGCAACGACUACUCCUGAAACUUCCACCACUAGUGCAGCAGAAACAUUUACCACAACAGAGACUUCCACAAUCACAAGAACUGCACCAGAAACGUCCACCACUAGCCCAGCAGAUAUAUCUACAACAACUGAGACAUCCACAAUUACAACAACUUCUCCUGAAACGUCCACCACAAGUGCUGCAGAAACAUAUACCACAACUGAGACUUCCACACUUGCAACGACUACUCCUGAAUCGUCCACCACUAGCGCAGCAGAAACAUCUACCACAACUGAGUCUUCCACAGUCGCAACGACUGCAGCUGAAACAUCCACCACUAGCACAGCAGAAAUAUCUUCCACAACUGAGACUUCCACGAUCAAAACAACUACUUCUGAAACAUCCACCACUAGCGCAGGAGAUACAUCUACAACAACUGAGACAUCCACAAUCACAACAACUGCUCCUGAAACGUCCACCACAAGUGCUGCAGAAACAUCUACCACAACUGAGACUACCACAAUCACAAGUCCUCCUGAAACGUCCACCACAAGUGCUGCAGAAACAUCUACCACAACCGAGACUUCCACACUUGCAACGACUGCUCCUGAAACCUCCACCACUAGUGCAGCAGAAACAUCUACCACAACGGAGUCUUCCACAGUCGCAAUGGCUGAAACUGAAACAUCCACCACUAGCACAGCAGAAACAUCUACCACAACUGAGACUACCACAACCUUGACUGCUACUGAAACAUCCACCACAAGUGCAGCAGAAACAUCUACCACAACAGAGACUUCCACACUUGCAACAACUGCUCCUGAAACCUCCACCACUAGUGCAGCAGAAACAUCUACCACAAUGAAGUCUUCCACAGUCGCAACGGCUGAAACUGAAACAUCCACCACAAGCACAGCAGAAACAUCUACCACAACUGAGACCAGCACAAUCUUGACUGCUACUGAAACAUCCACCACAAGUGCAGCAGAAACAUCUACAGUAAUUGAGACUUCCACAAUCACAACAACUGCUCCUGAAACAUCCACCACUAGCACAGCAGAAACAUCUCCAACAACAGAGACUUCCACAAUCACAACAACUGCUCCUGAAACAUCCACCACUAGCACAGCAGAAACAUCUCCAACAACAGAGACUUCCACAAUCACAACAACUGCACCAGAACCGUCCACCACAAGUGCUGCAGAAACAUCUACCACAACUGAGACUUCCACACUUGUGACGAAAGCUCCUGAAUUGUCCACCAAUAGCGCAGCAGAAACAUCUACCAUAACUAACACUUCCCCACUUGCAACAUCUUCUCCUGAAAUGUCCACCACUACCGCAGCAAAAACAUCUACCACAACUGAGACUUCCCCAGUCACAACGACUGCUCCUAAAACAUCCAUCACUAGUGCCGCAGAAACUUCUACCACAUCUGAGACUUCCACAGUCGCAACAAGUGUUGCUGAAAUGUCCACCACUAGCACAGAAGAAACAUCUACCACAACUGAGACUACCACAAUCACGACAGCUCCUGAAACAUCCACCACAAGUGCAGCAGAAUCAUCUACAACAACUAAGACUUCCACAAUCACAACAACUGCUCCUGAAACAUCCACCACUAGCACAGCAGAAACAUCUACAACAACAGAGACUUCCACAAUCACAAGAACUGCACCAGAAACGUCCACCACUAGCCCAGCAGAUAUAUCUACAACAACUGAGACAUCCACAAUUACAACAACUUCUCCUGAAACGUCCACCACAAGUGCUGAAGAAACAUAUACCACAACUGAGACUUCCACACUUGCAACGACUACUCCUGAAUCGUCCACCACUAGCGCAGGAGAAACAUCUACCACAACUGAGACUACCACAAUCACGACUGCUCCUGAAACAUCCACCACUAGUGCCGCCGAAACUUCUGCCACAACUGAGACUUCAAUAGUCGCAACGACUACUCCUGAAACCUCCACCACUAGUGCAGCAGAAACAUUUACCACAACAGAGACUUCCACAAUCACAAGAACUGCACCAGAAACGUCCACCACUAGCCCAGCAGAUAUAUCUACAACAACUGAGACAUCCACAAUUACAACAACUUCUCUUGAAACGUCCACCACAAGUGCUGCAGAAACAUAUACCACAACUGAGACUUCCACACUUGCAACGACUACUCUUGAAUCGUCCACCACUAGCGCAGCAGAAACAUCUACCACAACUGAGUCUUCCACAGUCGCAACUACUGCUCCUGAAACGUCCACCACUAGUGCAGCAGAAACAUCUACCACAACAGAGACUACCACAGUCGCAACGACUGCUCCUGAAACAUUCACCACUAGUGCAGCAGAAACAUCUACCACAACUGAGACUUCCACAGUCGCAACGACUCCGGCUGAAACGUCAACCACUAGCACAGCAGAAUCAUCUACCACAACUGAGACUACCACAAUCACAAGUGCUCCUGAAACAUCCACCACAAGUGCUGCAGAAACAUCUACCACAAAGGAGACUUCCACAGUCGCAACUACUGCUCCUGAAACGUCCACCACUAGUGCAGCAGAAACAUCUACCACAACAGAGACUACCACAGUCGCAACGACUGCUCCUGAAACAUUCACCACUAGUGCCGCAGAAACUUCUACCACAACUGAGACUUCCACAGUCGCAACAACUGCUCCUGAAACGUCCACCACUAGUGCAGCAGAAACAUCUACCACAACAGAGACUACCACAGUCGCAACGACUGCUCCUGAAACAUUCACCACUAGUGCCGCAGAAACUUCUACCACAACUGAGACUUCCACAGUCGCAACGACUGCUCCUGAAACCUUCACCACUAGUGCAGCAGAAACAUCUACCACAACAGAGACUACCACAGUCACAACGACUGCUCCUGAAACAUUCACCACUAGUGCUGCAGAAACUUCUACCACAACUGAGACUUCCACAGUCGCAACGACUGCUCCUGAAACCUCCACCACUAGUGCAGCAGAAACAUCUACCACAACAGAGACUACCACAGUCACAACGACUGCUCCUGUAACAUCCACCACUAACACAGCAGAAACAUCUACCACAACUGAGACUACCAUAAUCACUACUGCUCCUGAAACGUCCACCACAAGUGCAGCAGAAACAUCUACAACAACUGAGACUUCCACAAUCACAACAACUGCUCCUGAAACAUCCACCACUAGUGCAGCAGAAACAUCUACCACAACUGAGACUUCCACAGUCGCAACGACUCCAGCUGAAACGUCAACCACUACCACAGCAGAAACAUUUACCACAACUGAGACUUCCACAGUCGCAAAAACUACUCCUGAAAUGUCCACGACUAGCGCAACAGAAACAUCUACCAAAACUGAGUCUUCCACAGUCGCAACGACUGCAGCUGAAACAUCCACCACUAGUACAGCAGAAACAUCUACCACAACUGAGACUUUCACAAUUACAACAACUUCUUCAGAAACAUCCACCACUAGCACAGCAGAAACAUCACCAACAACAGAGACUUCCACAAUCACAACAACUGCACCAAAAACGUCCACCACUGGCGCAGCAGAUACAUCUACAACAACUGAGGCACCCACAAUCACAACAAGUGUUCCUAAAACGUCCACCACAAGUGUUGCAGAAACAUCUACCACAACAGAGACUUCCACUCUUUCAACGACUGCUCCAGAAUCAUCCACCACUAGCACAGCAGAAACAUCUACCACAACCGAGACUUCCACACUUGCAACGACUUCUCCUGAAACAUCCACCACUAGUGCUGCAGAAACUUCUACCACAACUGAGACUUCCACAAUCACAACAACUGCACCAGAAACAUCCAUCACUACCGUUGCAGAUGCGUCUACAACAACUGAGACAUCCACAAUCACAAUAACUGCUCCUGAAACGUCCACCACAAGUGCUGCAGAAACAUCUACCACAACUGAGACUUCCACACUUGCAACGACUGCUCCUGAAACGUCCAUCACUACCGCAGCAGAAACAUCUACCACAACUGAGACUUCCACAGUCGCAACGACUGCUCCUGAAACAUCCACCACUAGCGCAACAGAAGCAUCUACCACAACUGAGUCCUCCACAUUCACUACAACUCCAGCUGAAACGUCCACCACAAGCACAGCAGAUACAUCUACAACAACUGAGGCAUCCACAAUCACAACAAGUGUUCCUAAAACGUCCACCACAAGUGUUGCAGAAACAUCUACCACAACAGAGACUUCCACUCUUUCAACGACUGCUCCAGAAUCAUCCACCACUAGCACAGCAGAAACAUCUACCACAACCGAGACUUCCACACUUGCAACGACUUCUCCUGAAACAUCCACCACUAGUGCUGCAGAAACUUCUACCACAACUGAGACUACCACAGUCACAACAACUGAACCUGAAACAUCCACCACUAGCGCAGUAGAUACAUCUUCAACAACAGAGACUUCCACAAUCACAACAACUGAACCUGAAACAUCCACCACUAGCACAGCAGAAACAUCACCAACAACAGAGACUUCCACAAUCACAACAACUGCACCAGAAACGUCCACCACUGGCACAGCAGAUACAUCUACAACAACUGAGACAUCCACAAUCACAACAAGUGUUCCUAAAACGUCCACCACAAGUGUUGCAGAAACAUCUACCACAACAGAGACUUCCACUCUUGCAACGACUGCUCCAGAAUCAUCCACCACCAGCACAGCAGAAACAUCUACCACAACCGAGACUUCCACACUUGCAACGACUUCUCCUGAAACAUCCACCACUAGCGCAGCAGAUACAUCUUCAACAACUGAGACUUCCACAAUCACAACAACUGAACCUGAAACAUCCACCACUAGCGCAGCAGAUACAUCUUCAACAACAGAGACUUCCACAAUCACAACAACUGAACCUGAAACAUCCACCACUAGCGCAGCAGAUACAUCUUCAACAACUGAGACUUCCACAAUCACAUCGUUUGCUCCUGAAACAUCCAUCACCACUGCAGCAGAAAUGUCUACAGUAACAGAGACUUCCAGACUCACAACUUCUGCUGAAACAUCAACAACAGUAUUUAUAACUUUUGCUGGAACUACUACUGCUGGAAUUUCCACGAUAUCACCACAAACAACAUAUACUGCAGAACCUUUGAUUUCCACUUCAACCACUACUGAAAGCACCAUUGUCAGCACACCAACAACAUCCACAACACCAACAGCUACAACAACACUUCUUUCAACCGUGACAUCAACUCCUGUUGGAACUACUACUGCAGUACCUUCCACAACACCACCACAAACAACAUCUACAGCAGUAACUUCUGUGAUUCCCACUUCAACCACUACUGAAAUCACCACUGUCAGCACAGCAACAACAUCCACAACACCGUCAGCUACAACAACACAUCUUCCAACGGUCACAUCAACUCCUGUUGGAACCACUACUGCAGUACCUUCCACAACAGCACCACAAACAACAUCUACAGCAGUAACUUCUGUGAUUCCCACUUCAACCACUACUGAAAUCACCACUGUCAGCACAGCAACAACAUCCACAACACCGUCAGCUACAACAACACAUCUUCCAACGGUCACAUCAACUCCUGUUGGAACCACUACUGCAGUACCUUCCACAACAGCACCACAAACAACAUCUACAGCAGUAACUUCUGUGGUUCCCACUUCAACCAGUACUGAAAGCACCACUGUCAGCACAGCAACAACAUCCACAACACCGUCAGCUACAACAACACAUCUUUCAACAGUGACAUCAACUCCUGCUGGAACUACUACUGCCGUACCUUCCACAACAGCACCACAAACAACAUCUACAGCAGUAACUUCUGUGGUUCCCACUUCAACCAGUACUGAAAGCACCACUGCCAGCACAGCAACAACAUCCACAACACCGUCAGCUACAACAACACAUCUUUCAACAGUGACAUCAACUCCUGCUGGAACUACUACUGCCGUACCUUCCACAACAGCACCACAAACAACAUCUACAGCAGUAACUUCUGUGAUUCCCACUUCAACCACUACUGAAAGCACCACUGUCAUCACAGCAACAACAUCCACAACACCGUCAGCUACAACAACACAUCUUUCAACCAUGACAUCAACUCCUGUUGGAACUACUACUGCCGUACCUUCCACAACAGCACCACAAACAACAUCUACAGCAGUAACUUCUGUGGUUCCCACUUCAACCAGUACUGAAAGCACCAUUGUCAGCACAGCAACAACAUCCACAACACCAACAGCUACAACAACACAUCUUUCAACAGUGACAUCAACUCCUGCUGGAACUACUACUGCCGUACCUUCCACAACAGCACCACAAACAACAUCUACAGCAGUAACUUCUGUGAUUCCCACUUCAACCAGUACUGAAAGCACCACUGUCAGCACAGCAACAACAUCCACAACACCGUCAGCUACAACAACACAUCUUCCAACGGUCACAUCAACUCCUGUUGGAACUACUACUGCCGUACCUUCCACAACAGCACCACAAAUAACAUCUACAGCAGUAACUUCUGUGAUUCCCACUUCAACCAGUACUGAAAGCACCACUGUCAGCACAGCAACAACAUCCACAACACCGUCAGCUACAACAACACAUCUUUCAACAGUCACAUCAACUCCUGCUGGAACUACUACUGCAGGACCUUCCACAACAGCACCACAAACAACAUCUACAGCAGUAACUUCUGUGGUUCCCACUUCAACCACUACUGAAAGCACCACUGUCAGCACAGCAACAACAUCCACAACACCGUCAGCUACAACAACACAUCUUUCAACAGUCACAUCAACUCCUGCUGGAACUACUACUGCAGUACCUUCCACAACAGCACCACAAACAACAUCUACAGCAGUAACUUCUGUGAUUCCCACUUCAACCACUACUGAAAGCACCACUGUCAUCACAGCAACAACAUCCACAACACCGUCAGCUACAACAACACAUCUUUCAACCAUGACAUCAACUCCUGUUGGAACUACUACUGCCGUACCUUCCACAACAGCACCACAAACAACAUCUACAGCAGUAACUUCUGUGGUUCCCACUUCAACCAGUACUGAAAGCACCACUGUCAGCACAGCAACAACAUCCACAACACCGUCAGCUACAACAACACAUCUUUCAACAGUGACAUCAACUCCUGCUGGAACUACUACUGCCGUACCUUCCACAACAGCACCACAAACAACAUCUACAGCAGUAACUUCUGUGGUUCCCACUUCAACCAGUACUGAAAGCACCACUGUCAGCACAGCAACAACAUCCACAACACCGUCAGCUACAACAACACAUCUUGCAACAGUCACAUCAACUCCUGUUGGAACUACUACUGCCGUACCUUCCACAACAGCACCACAAAUAACAUCUACAGCAGUAACUUCUGUGAUUCCCACUUCAACCAGUACUGAAAGCACCACUGUCAGCACAGCAACAACAUCCACAACACCGUCAGCUACAACAACACAUCUUGCAACAGUCACAUCAACUCCUGUUGGAACUACUACUGCAGGACCUUCCACAACAGCACCACAAACAACAUCUACAGCAGUAACUUCUGUGAUUCCCACUUCAACCACUACUGAAAGCACCACUGUCAGCACAGCAACAACAUCCACAACACCAACAGCUACAACAACAGGGCCCUCAGCUACAAGGACAAUACCUGAACUUGUGUAUCUAACAGAUCUGGUGUUCCGCUCUUUAGAUAGCUUUACAGAUGAACUCAGUAAUCAAAAUUCACAGAUCUUCAAGGACAGGGCUCAGCUUGUCAUAUCUCAGCUUAAUCGUAUCUACAAAGCAAAAUUUCCUUCCUCCUUUAUCAGAGCGAAUGUCUUAAGUUUCCGUUCUGGGUCAGUCAUCACAGAAACCCAACUAGCUUUUAACUCCACACAAGCUGUUCCAACCGUUCAAGAGAUUUCAGACACUCUCUUUACAGCAGUGAUAAAAGGAGAUGUCAAUCCAUUGAACAUAACUCCUUAUUCAAUUUCAGUCAAUGGUUCAAUGAUAAACGUGACUACUUCAACUACAGCAUCAACAACAACAACAACAACAGCUACAACAACAACAACAACCACACCGACAACAACAACAAAACCCUUGACAUCUACAACUAAAGUGCCUUCACCUACAACUACACAAUUUGUACCUGUGUACAUAACAGAUCUGGUGUUCCGCUCUUUAGACAUAUUUAUAAUUGAUCUCAGUAAUCAAAGCUCUCAGGCCUUCAAGUCAAGAUCUGAGCUUGUCAGAUCUCAGCUUGAAACCAUCUUCAGACCAAAAUAUCCUUCCUUCAUCAGAGUGAAUGUCUUAAGUUUCCGUUCUGGGUCAGUCAUCACAGAAACCCAACUAGCUUUUAACUCCACACAAGCUGUUCCAACCGUUCAAGAGAUUUCAGACACUCUCUUUACAGCAGUGAUAAAAGGAGAUGUCAAUCCAUUGAACAUAACUCCUUAUUCAAUUUCAGUCAAUGGUUCAAUUAUAAACGUGACUACUUCAACUACAGCAUCAACAACAACAACAACCACACCGAAAACAACAACAAAACCCUUGACAUCUACAACUAAAGUGCCUUCACCUACAACUACACAAUUUGUACCUGUGUACAUAACAGCUCUGGUGUUCCGCUCUUUAGACAUAUUUAUAAUUGAUCUCAGUAAUCAAAGCUCUCAGGCCUUCAAGUCAAGAUCUGAGCUUGUCAGAUCUCAGCUUGAAACCAUCUACAGACCAAAAUAUCCUUCCUUCAUCAGAGUGAAUGUCUUAAGUUUCCGUUCUGGGUCAGUCAUCACAGAAACCCAACUAGCUUUUAACUCCACACAAGCUGUUCCAACCGUUCAAGAGAUUUCAGACACUCUCUUUACAGCAGUGAUAAAAGGAGAUGUCAAUCCAUUGAACAUAACUCCUUAUUCAAUUUCAGUCAAUGGUUCAAUUAUAAAUGUGACUACUUCAACUACAGCAUCAACAACAACAACAACAGCUACAACAACAACAACAACCACACCGAAAACAACAACAAAACCCUUGACAUCUACAACGAAAGUGCCUGCAACUACAACUACACAAUUUGUACCCGUGUACAUAACAGCUCUGGUGUUCCGCUCUUUUGACAUAUUUAUAAUUGAUCUCAGUAAUCAAAGCUCUCAGGCCUUCAAGUCAAGAUCUGAGCUUGUCAGAUCUCAGCUUGAACCCAUCUACAGAGCAAGAUAUCCUUCCUUCAUCAGAGUGAUUGUCUUAAGUUUCCGUCCUGGGUCAGUCAUCACAGAAACCCAACUAGUUUUUAACUCCACACAAACUCUUCCAACCGUUCAAGAGAUUUCAGAGUCCCUCCUGUCAGCAGUGGUAACAGGAGGUGUUGAUCCACUGAACAUAAUCCCUUCAACGGUUUCAGUCAAUGGUUCAGUUAUAAAUAUGACUGUAGCUGCAACUACAACAACAACUGUAGCUACAACUUCAGCUUCAAGUGGAUUGAAGAUUCAAUCCAGCCUAUUCCAAGCAACAUGGCUCAUUAUUAUGGCAAAAAUAUUACAACUUUUCCUAUAGAUCCCUUAACAAUGAAUGUGAGUUGCGAGAAAUGAAAGGCAUGUACAAGGCACAGAUUAUAUUAGCAAAUUAUAUUGUUUUUGUAUGUGUGUUUGUGUAUUGUGUUAUUUAGUAUUAUAGCACACUCUCAACAUUGAUUCUAAGAAGCACAAUUUGUAAUUAGAAAAAAAUAAUAUAUAUGUAUUUAUUUAUCAGCAGGUUGUAGUAAUCAAUCAAAUAAGGACAAUUCCUAUUUCCUCAGUAUUUUAAAUGUAAUGCUUUUGUUCACUUGUCUGCAGGUUAAAGACUAUUUAUACUGUAAUUUUAUUUUGCCUAGGUAACAUUCCAAGAUCUUAUUUUAUCUUAUAAUCAAAUAUUUAUUAAGUUCACAUCAUCCAAAAUUGUAUAAUUGUUUGUAGUAUUUGCAUGUAUUUAAAAUGUAAGGGUUUUAUAUUAAUUGAAUUAAAUAAAGUCUUAAUGCAAAUUUAACUUGCAUAGGUCUAAUUCUUUCUUUGCAAACUCUUUAUAGUCUAAUUAU